CCUUUCGCCACAAUCUCGGUUUCGGACUCUUCAAGCAGCGGGACUCUGCAUGGCACAUUAAUUUAAGAGUUCACUUUGGAACAUCUCCACUUAUCUUUCCUGGAUUUACUGCAGUGUCUGAUUACUUUUCACCUUUUAGCACACAUUCCGAACGAGGAUUCACCAGUAGUGACCCAGCGUGGCGCGACAGCUAGACCAUCCGUAUUCAGCGAAAGGAAACGGACGCAAUCUAACCAAAUUAACAGGUCCAGAGUCUCUGGAAAGGUGCUUUCCUGCGAGAAAUCACUCCGAUUACUCUAAGAUGUUGGACGGUAUUAAAAUAGAAGACCAUCCCCUACGGUCGGGACCGGCUACGUUGGGAGUUAUGCUCGGGACGGAGUGCCAUCACCAGGCAGUAUGCGAAGGGUGCCAGCGACCCAUAUCCGACCGUUUUCUGAUGCGAGUGAACGAGUCUUCAUGGCACGAGGAGUGUUUGCAGUGCGCUGUGUGUCAACAACCGCUCACCACCAGCUGUUACUUCCGGGAGAGGAAACUGUACUGCAAACACGACUACCAACAACUCUUCGCCACCAAGUGCAGCGGCUGCAUGGAGAAGAUAGCGCCCACAGAGUUUGUGAUGCGCGCCCUGGAGUGCGUCUACCACCUCAACUGCUUCUGCUGCUGCGUGUGCGACCGGCAGCUGAGGAAGGGCGACGAGUUUGUCCUCAAGGAGGGCCAGCUGCUCUGCAAGAGCGACUACGAGAAGGAGAAGGACCUGCUGAGCUCCGUCAGCCCCGACGACUCUGAAUCGGAGAAAAGUGACGACGAAGAUUUAGACAUCAAGCCAGAGAAGGGGUCGGGAGGUCAGGGGAAGGGCGAGGAUGGGAAGGACCCGCGGAGGCCAAAACGACCGCGCACCAUCCUCACCACUCAGCAAAGGAGAGCCUUCAAGGCCUCUUUCGAGGUCUCCUCCAAGCCCUGCCGAAAGGUGAGAGAAACCCUGGCCGCCGAGACGGGCCUCAGCGUCCGCGUGGUCCAGGUGUGGUUCCAGAACCAGAGAGCCAAGAUGAAGAAGUUGGCACGUAGACAACAGCAGCAGCAGGAGCAGCAGAAUUCCCAAAGGCUUGGGCAAGAGGUGAUGUCCAAUCGGAUGGAGGGGAUGAUGAACUCUUACACGCCAUUGGCCCCGCCUCAGCAGCAGCUGGUCGCCAUGGACCAGAACGGCUACAGCACAGACCCCUUCCAGCAGGGGCUCACCCCCCCACAGAUGCCCGGGGACCACAUGAAUCCAUAUGGAAACGACUCCAUUUUCCACGACAUCGACAGCGACACAUCCCUAACCAGCCUCAGCGACUGUUUCAUGGCAUCAUCUGAAGUCAGCUCCCUGCAGGCGCGCGUGGGAAACCCCAUCGACCGACUCUACUCCAUGCAAAGCUCUUACUUUGCAUCCUGAAAACAAACAUGGACGCCAGAGAAGGGAGAGAAAGAGAGAGAGAGAUAUAAACCCACACACACCCAUAUAGACUGUUCUUUUCCAUUUCUGUUUUCCUCAAGAGAGAAAGAGAAGAGGAAAGAAGGGAACUCACCACGAUAAGCAGAAUCUAAGCAAUGACUUCUUCCUGGGCCAAAGUGCUGAGGAAGGGCAACGAACUUGAAGAAAAAAAAGACAGUUCCCCCCCCCCUUCCUCUGUAGUGAAGAAGCAGAGGACCCCUCAACUCCAGCAGAUUUCAGAGUUUUUAUAGAUAUAUCUGUAGAGUGUUUGUAUAUGGCCUUCUCUGAUGUACACCUCCUUCCUCUUCUCGUCGACAUAGACACACAAAGAGUAUAUAUGUAUUAUCCAAGCCACUGAUUUUAAAACCUCAGUCAACCAAAUACCGGCAAAGUUCUCACAGUGCAUGCACCCAUCAUUAUCUUGUGAACAUUGAACUGAGAAAAAAAAAAUGAAUAGCAAUUUUCUUAAAAAUAAAAAAGACAAAAAAAACUUGUGAGUUGAGUUGUAAAAAAAAAAAUGAUGUGGUAUUUGGACUUCCAUGUUUGCUCUUUACACUGCGUUCAGCAUAAGCAUUUUAGAUCACUUUGAUAGAUUUUAGCCCUUAUUAGAUGGUAUGGUAUUGCAUACAGAAAGAGAGCAAGCGUGAGCGAAAGAAGAGAACGUAUGAAAUGUAACUAUGGAGGACAAGUGUAGUGUCAGUUGAGUGUACAUAAGUGGAAACGUUUCCAAGGCAAAUCAGUUGUGCAUGUUGAAAUGGAAAAGCGUUCUAUUUAUUUAACUGUUCCAUGCUCCAGAAGGUACUUAAAGAAACUGAAAAGCUUUAUUUAAAAGGACAGAAUCACAAUGUAAAGUAGUUCAGUAGCAUAUUAUCAUAAUUCACUUGUAAGUCGUUUUAUUAUGAAAUUCAAAAUAGUUGUUUUUUUUUUGUUUUGUUUUUGUUAUUUUUCUCGUUUUGUUUUGUUUUGUUCUGUCAUCUAGGCUGUAAAUCAGCAAAA